UUACAAUGAAGAGUUUUAUCACGUUCACCAGUUUCACUUACCAAAAAGUGUCCCCGUUGAUUGGUGUAUGUCGUACGAUAGGAACCGUUGGAAAUGGAUCUGCAAACCAUAUGGCUGGUUCGCGGGUGGCGAAAACUCGCACGUUGGCAAUGGAUAAGACACGCUCAGCAGCAGCAGCGCCCGUCACGGGUUUCACCAGUCCGUACUUCAUAAGCCGAGCAUCGAAAGUGACCUCGGCAGUAACUUCGACGGCGGGGGGAGCUUCGAACGAUGACGAAUUCGUCGAGGACGUCGUGUGUCGGGAGGAGGACAUCGGGGAGAAUCAAAUGAAGCAGCUCGAGCUAGGCGAAGGCAAGGUUCUGCUAGUGCGCCAGCGCGGUAAAUUGACCGCUAUCGGUAGCAAAUGUUCGCACUACAACGCCCAGCUGGUCACGGGUGCUCUUGGCGAUGGGCGCGUCCGGUGCCCCUGGCACGGAGCCUGUUUCAACGUGGAAACGGGCGACAUCGAAGAUUUUCCCGGAAUGGACUCGCUGCCGUGCUAUCGGGUGACGGUGACCGAGAGAGGCGAGGUACGGGUACGGGCAAGACGAUCCGAAUUGGCCACCAACAAGCGGACACAGCCGAUGGUACGUCGAAACGCGGCAAUCGACGAUCGGACGUUCGUCGUCAUCGGUGCCGGACCAUCGGGAGCGACGUGUGCGGAAACGUUGCGCCAAGAAGGGUUCGCCGGGCGGGUGGUGAUGAUCAACAAGGAACCCUACCUACCGUACGAUCGGGUGAAGGUUAGCAAAACGAUGGACAUGACGGCGGAAAAAUGUCUGCUGAGACCGCAGACAUUCUAUGAUGCGAACGACAUCGAAGUGAUACUCGGAACGGCCGUUUCGAAGGUGGACGGAACCGGAAAGGAGCUUACGCUCGACAAUGGGUACAAGAUUAAGUACGACAAAGCGUACAUUGCGACGGGUUCGAAUCCGCGACGGCCACCGAUCGAAGGGGCAAACUUGCGUAACGUUUGCGUCCUAGUUUCGGCGGACAACGCCAAAGAGGUGCACAGUCAACUGACCCCCGAAAAGCGGGUCGUUAUUCUGGGAACGAGCUUUAUUGGAUUGGAAGCGGCCGCGUACUGUACGGGAAAAGUGGCUCGGGUUACGGUCGUAGGACGGGGCGCGGUGCCAUUGAAGGAAUCAUUUGGCGAAUCCAUCGGUCGACGGGUGAUGGAGAUGUUCCGCGAGAAAGGUGUCGAGUUUAUCUUGAACUCGGGCAUCAAACGAUGCAUUGCGGACGAAGCGGGUGCCGUUAAGCAGGUAGAGCUUGCCGAUGGAAGUGUCCUGGAAGCGGACAUCUGCAUCUUCGGCAUUGGAUCGACACUGUAUACGGAGUUUUUAGAAGGUUCGGGCAUCCCACUGAACCGCAACGGUUCGGUAGAGACUAACCAGUACCUGGAAACGGCCUUAGAAGGUGUGUACGCUGGAGGGGACAUUGCAAAUGCACCAGUCGUGUCAAACGACGGCCAGCCAGCCACGAUCGGUCACUAUCCACUUGCGCAGUUUCAUGGACGGGUGGCAGCAUUUAACAUGGUCGGAAAGGUCACACCACUACAAGCGGUUCCAUUCUUCUGGACGGUUCUGUUCGGAAAAUCGUUCCGCUACAGCGGCUACGGAACGCCCGCGGAGGUAAUCAUCGACGGCGAUCUGGAGGCGCUAAAGUUCGUCGCAUUCUACAUUGGCAAAACGGGGCGCGUUGUUGGGAUGGCUUCGUGCCAGCGUGAUCCGAUUGUGGCCCAGUUUGCCGAAUAUUCUUCACAAGGAAAAGUAUUACACAAGAGCGACCUCGAAACCGACCGGUUCGCAUGGAUUUCCGAAAUCACGGGACCGGCCAAAAAAGAUUAAAUGGAAUCACUGGCGUACACAAUAUCUAUUUCAUCGACUGUGCAACGAGCCACGUUGCCUUUGUUAUCGGUUAUACACAAUUAUUUAAACGCAUUGUUGUUGUUGCCAGUGCAAAGUCUAAUUGUACAAUAAA